AUGAACGAAGAUAUUGUGGUGUCGAAGUCGUGUUACGACAAUUUCUCAGUACCGACUCCAUGGCGUACUUUUCAAAUCAUAGUAGAAGAUACGUCAUUCUAUGUAAACGCUGGAUGGUUAGCAGAGCUGUCUUCGUUUUUCGCCCAUUAUUGCUUUGGUGAAGAAGCGCACAAUUCUCUAAUCAUAGAUGACAUUAAACCUUGCGACAUGCUGGAGUUUUUUCGUUGUAUUUUCUUCUGUCCAAUGCGGAAACCACUAACAGAUAAGCUGAUCCGUAGCAAGAUGUGGAAGCAAUUUGUCGCCCGUUUGCGAACACUCUCGGACUCGGAUGUUACUUGUGCAGUUUCACAUUGUGACCCGAAUAGUUCAACAAUGAGCGUUUUGGUAGACAAACUUGCUUCGAUUAAGGUGAGUUCUCGACGGUGUUGA